AUUCUUGGAAGCAGAACUCUUGUCAAACUCUGUGUUUACCUUUAUUGGGUUCAUAAGAAGAUCCUACUUUUACUCAGAUUUUUUCUCGAUCAUCAACGACAAUCUCUCUAUUAAACUCAGUUGCAUUCCAAAGCUUAGAAACAGUUCAAUAAAGUCAAGAACUCUGCCCUUUCUCACGAUAUGCAUCGCUUUAAGAACUCUCCAUGGCUAUCAGUGCCACAGUUUGGUGAUUGGGACCAGAAAGUAGGAGGAACUAUUCCUGAUUACUCCAUGGAUUUCACCAAGAUUCGAGAGAUGAGGAAACAGAACAAGAGAGACCCUUCUCGAGCCAGUCUUGGCAACGAGGAUGAACUCGUCAAGCCACCCGAGUCAGCUACUACAGCAACCGCUAAGCUCACCACGGUCCAUAGUGAGAACCAACAUCACUUCUCUCCAGCCCACCAUCACCAACCACAUUCCCCUUCCACGAGGAGAAGCAUCUUCAGCUGCUUCAACUGCUGCGUCAAAGCUUGAAGGAUUCUUCUCUAGCAAUGGAGCUGUUUUUAUAUAUUGACUUAUGUCAUUCCAAUGUGGAAAAUGUAAUGUGAUCAUGAGACUCAUAUAUGUUUGAAUCCAUUCCGAAUUUAUUACAAGAAAAAAAGAUUAGGCUAAAAA